CAACUAGAGUGAUUUUCCCAGCCAGUGGGAUACAUUCUAGUAAGAGAGAAAAAGGAAUUAAAGCGGGCAACCCUGAGUCAGGAAGAGCUUAAGCGCCCUCGCAGUGCCUGCACUGCCUCCCCAGCAUCCUGUCCCUCGUGUCAUGCCUGCUGGCGAAGAGAGCGUCCGCCCCGCGCUUGCGCAGAAGGGGGAAGAGUAGCUAAGUGGGCAAGAUGGCGCUGCCUAUGCUGCAGGUGUCCCUGAUGAAGCUCCCCUCCUUGGGGGGGCUCUCUCGUGGCUUGGCCAAAGCAGCCGGGACAAAGAGCACCCAGGACCUCCGAGAAGCCGACGAGGUGGCCCCCAUCUUCCAAUAUGUGGGGAAGCGAGCUCCGAGGAAAGACUGUGUCUAUGUGUGGGGCUUCUCCUACUCAGGGGCCUUGGGGGUCCCCUCCUUUGUCGUGCCCAAUGUGGGCUGGAAGAAACGGCGGAGGAUCCAGCUGACUCCUUAUCGGCUGGAUGUGGAGGAGAAGAUUAGCUCUGCUGCCUGUGGCUAUGGAUUCACACUUCUGUCCUCCAGAACCACCGAUAUUACCAAAGUCUGGGGAAUGGGGUUAAAUAAAGAUUCUCAGAUUGGAUUUCACCCAAGCAGGAAAGAUCGGGCAAAAGGCUACGAAUAUGUCUUGGAGCCAAGCCCUGUGCCGCUGCCACUGGACAAGCCGCAGCAGACCCGGGUUAUGCAGGUAUCCUGCGGAAGAGCGCACUCCUUGGUGCUGACAGACACAGAAGGAGUCUUCAGCAUGGGGAAUAAUUCCUAUGGCCAGUGUGGCCGGAAGGUGGUCGAAGGCGAAAUCUACAGCGAAAGCAAGCUGAUUUACAGAUUGCAAGAGUUUGAAAACCGAGUCGUCCAGGUUGCGUGUGGGCAGGACCACAGCCUUUUCAGAACAGAGAAAGGAGAAGUCUAUUCCUGUGGGUGGGGAGUCGACGGCCAGACGGGCCUCAGCCAUUACGACAUUGCCAGCACCCCCGCCAAACUGGGCGGCGACAUCUCGGGUGUUCCCAUUGCCCAGGUGGCCACGUACGGAGACUGCUGCCUUGCCGUGUCUGAGGACGGGGACCUCUUUGGCUGGGGGAACUCGAAAUACCUACAGCUGGCUGCUGUUACAGAGCUGACUCAGGUGAACGUUCCACGACACCUUCCAUUCAAGGUUGGAAGGGUGAAGGAGGUCUGCUGUGGAGGGACCAUCAACGCUCUCCUCAACGAGGAAGGCCACGUCUUCGUGUGGGGCUACGGCAUCCUCGGGAAAGGGCCAAAGCUUUCGGAAGCAGCGACUCCCGAAAUGAUCCCGCCCGUCCUGUUUGGCUCGUUGGGCUUCAGCCCAGAUAUCUGCAUGGCUCGGAUCCGUUGCGGACUCAGCCAGUUCGCUGCCAUCACCAACCGAGGAGAGCUCUUCGUGUGGGGCAAGAAUGUGAGAGGCUGUCUGGGGAUCGGCCGAAUGGAAGACCAGUACUUCCCGUGGAGGGUGACUGUACCAGGAGAAGUGGUGGACAUUGCCUGUGGAGUCGACCACAUGGUUACUCGGGUGAAAUCCUUUAUUUAAGCUGCACUUGGGCACUCCAACAGAGAGGACAAAACCAGAACUUUUUUGGGCCUUGGUGGCUUUGUCAGCCAUCUGGUGCUGGCGCAGCUUCUCCCAGAGUUCCUUGCAAACAGGCCAGCGGGAGGCACAGCAUAUCGGUGGCCAAAUCCCCUUCAAAGCAGAUGGUUCCCUGCGAGUGAGAUGCCUAGUCUUUGCAAACAGUGGCUGACGGAGAUGGAGGCACUUUUUCAGGGCAACGCCGAUUCUCAAACGGGGAUUAUUUAACCCGAAAAUGGAACCCAUGGUCAAUGGAGAGUUCGCUUUUCUCCCCCGAUGCCUGUCCCAUGCUCGUUCUGAGGAGGUGACCAAAGUUCCUGAUCAUCUCUGGUUUCAUAAUACCGGAGGUGGGGUGGCCUCCCUCCCACCCCGAGAGAUACAGAGCACCAUCUACUCCUGGUUCAGACCAUAGAGCCACACACAUAUUGAGGCAGUGGGAUAAAAGCGUGCCCCAGACAUCGCAGUUGAUGGCCAUUCAAGAAGUAAAGAGCAAAAAACUCCCCAGCUAAUUCCAUAGGAUAAAAUAAGAUUGCUGGGAGGGGGGAGAAUGGAAGAGGAUAAAAAAUAAUUUUAAUUGAACUAGUUGCAGAACUUGAGGGGGUCUUCUAAUAUUAGUAGUUUUACGACAUCUUCCUCUUUAGUUUGCAGGCCUUUUCCCUGGUGGUUUCAUUCUCAUUUUUCAGCUCUCAUACUGGGCUCUUGAGUGUUCUUUUUCGUCCAGGACCAAGGCAUUCAGCUUAAAGGGGUAAUCUACAGUCACCCAGACUAGCAGAUUGUUGGCUGCAAACCCAAUGGUCUUUCAUUAACCAAACUCUUUUCUUCCUUUCGUCGUCUCAUCAAGUCUGCAGCCAGCAAGAUAAAAAAAUGUGGCUUUGUUCUUUCAUUGGCGUCUAAAGUUAAAUCUCUCUGGCUGAUCAGCUGCAAAGAUUAGACUGGGACCAGUAAUUCUCCGCCUAGUCUACCUUGCAGGGUGGUUGUGAGAACUAAAGAGGAGGUGGGAGGUCAUGUACUCUUGAACUUUUUGGAGGAAGUGCAUAACAAAAGUAAAAUGAAGGGUGGCAAGUGGGAAUCUGGCAUUCACUCAGUAGAAUGCAGAGUGCCUUAUGUUUUCCACUGACUUUACAGUGGAAAACUUCACAAAACAGUGGGUUUUGUGUUAUAAAAUACAAAUAAAGCAUCUGGGCAUUUGCAGAGCAAAUCCUCGUGUCCCUCCAUUGGUGGAUUAGGAGCCCUCCAGGUGGUGUUUCUGGGAGUGUCUGAGCCUCCCUUUCCCAGUUAUUUUUUCAGAACAGUUGUCCCAUUUAAAGGGCAUCGGGGAAAGAUGGACAAAACGUUGCUUGCUUUCUGUAUACAACUGGCUUGUAAAGCAGUUCAUUCAGUCUGUUUUGGCAUACUGGCCCAAUUCACCCGUGGAACUCCUUGCCACAGGAGUUCUUGUAUUGGCCGCAGCGAUCGCGGAGAUUAUUUGAAAAUGAAAGAAGUGGUGGUGAACAGACGGGUGUGGGUCUAGUGGCUGGGAGAGGCUCCUACGUAUCUCCUAACAGAAAAAGAAAGAGUCAGAGGCACUGCAAGAGACUGGAAAACUUUGCAGCAGAGAUAUAAUUGGGAGACUGCAGAGGACUCUCUUAGAGGCACACAGUUGCAGUAAUAUAGAGGUCUCAUGUACAAAUAUUCAGAACACAGGUGUGUCCCCCCCAUUCCCACUAGCCUGGUCUCGACCCACCCCCAUUAUGAUCCUGAAUGGUUGCUGGAGGCACAAUAACAAAAAUAAACAGUUCAAAAGUC